AAGCGAGAAGCGGCACCAUGGCCGGCAAGAAAGUCUGCAUUGUAGGCUCUGGCAACUGGGGCUCAGCCAUCGCCAAGAUUGUGGGUGGCAAUGCAGCCCAGCUGGCAGGCUUUGACCCACGGGUGACCAUGUGGGUGUUUGAGGAAGACGUUGGGGGUAGAAAGCUGACAGAGAUCAUCAACACACAGCAUGAGAAUGUCAAGUACCUGCCAGGGCACAAGCUGCCUGCCAACGUGGUGGCUGUCCCAGAUGUGGUCCAGGCUGCAGCAGAUGCUGACAUCCUGAUCUUCGUAGUGCCCCAUCAAUUCAUCGGGAAGAUCUGUGAUCAACUCAAGGGCCACCUGAAGGCAGAUGCCAUUGGCAUAUCCCUUAUUAAGGGGGUAGACGAGGGCCCCCGCGGGCUGAAGCUCAUCUCUGAAGUGAUUGGGGAGCGCCUUGGCAUCCCCAUGAGCGUGCUGAUGGGGGCCAACAUUGCCAGCGAGGUGGCUGAUGACAAGUUCUGUGAGACAACCAUUGGGUGCAAGGACCUGGCCCAGGGACAGCUUCUAAAAGAACUGAUGCAGACUCUCAACUUCCGCAUCACAGUGGUGCAAGAGGUGGAUACAGUAGAGAUCUGUGGAGCCUUAAAGAACAUAGUGGCCGUGGGGGCUGGCUUCUGUGAUGGGCUGGGCUUUGGUGACAACACCAAGGCGGCAGUGAUCCGACUGGGGCUCAUGGAGAUGAUCGCCUUCGCCAAGCUCUUCUGCAGCGGCCCUGUGUCCUCUGCCACCUUCUUGGAGAGCUGUGGUGUUGCUGACCUCAUCACUACCUGCUACGGAGGGCGGAACCGCAAGGUGGCUGAGGCCUUCGCCCGAACAGGAAAGUCCAUUGAGCAGCUAGAGAAAGAGAUGCUGAAUGGGCAGAAGCUGCAGGGGCCCCAGACAGCCCGGGAGCUACACAACAUCCUCCAGCAAAAGGGCCUGGUGGACAAGUUCCCUCUGUUCACGGCUGUGUACAAGACAUGCUAUGAGAAUCAGCCAGUGGGUGAAUUCAUCCACUACCUGCAGAAUCAUCCAGAACAUUUGUGAGCGGGGCCGGGGCCCAGGCCAGGCAGCUUCUUUACCCCAGUGGAGACAGGGAGAAGCUUGGGGUGCCUGGUCACCAGGAUCUCUGAGACUUCCCACGAUGCACCCUCUUCUCAGCUUUUCACUGGAGGACAGGACGCUGUGGGCCCAACUACCUGCCUGGAGAUCCUGAAGCACCAAUCAGCCUGCAGCCUCUUGCCAACACAUCUCACCAGAAAUGGAGCUGCCUAGUCCCUCUCCAGACGUGGGGCAUUCUCCCUGUCCCCUGGAAGGGAUCAAGCCCCUGUGCUGCCUGCUUUGGGUGUGUAGGGAGAGUGGGGAAGGAGAGGGAGGCAUGGCAAGGGCUGCCCACUGCUGCCUCACAUAGACCAGGAAUCCUGUCCCCAAGCCCAGUUAAGUGGCUAAAGAAGUAUCUCAGCUGCAAGAAGGAUGUGCUAAGGGGUUGCUAGGUAGGGGUCUGGAUUUUGAGCUGACAUUGGCCCAGGGACCCCUUUGCUCUGACCUCUGCCAGGCCCCACACAGCAUCAAUGGAUCUCAGUGUUUGUUAACAAAAUACAAAGAUUUCAAAAAAAAACCCUUCUAGUUUCUCCUAGCAACAUCUGUGUCCCCAGAAACCUCUGGUCAUCCCCUUUCCCCCUCCCUCGGGCUGCCCUGGCACCAGAGUUGCUGCCACGCUGGCAUCUCAGCCUUGGGGCUUGUCCUUCUCCCCUGGAACUUCCUGGUACCUAGUUCUUUGCCAGUUCCUCCCAUGUGUGACCUUUCCAAGCCUUUCUCACCCUCCCUGCCAGCACCCUGUUUGGGGAGCAGGAACUUAAUCUGCUGACAGAGCUACACCUUUUCAUAGCAGGCUCAGAUCACUGCUCCCUGUGACCUUCGUAUUUGCUCUGCCUCUGUUCACAGGUCCAAUGUGGGGGAGGUGUUAGCUGGGUCCCUCCUGCUGCUAUCUCCCCAGGACAUCUUGGAUCCACCCUUUACCUCCUCCCAAACCCUGUACCUAGUUCUCAGCUACCCCCAGCUAACCAGCUCCAGUAUCUGGAGGCCCGGGGGCCAGAGACUGGGUAAGGGAGGGUGAGCAGGUCCCCAUGUUGGUGGUCCUGACAUUCCAAGGCCAGCUCUCCUUUGUCACCUGAAGGCCUUCUCAUGAGGCAUUGACACUACAGCACCUCAGGAACUGGGAAACUCAUGGAGGAGAUAAAAAAUUCAAACCUCCCUACUCCUGGGGUGAGGGUAGAACAGGAAGGGGAGGAGGGAGAGGAGUGUCCUUUGCACUGGCCUUGCUGCAGGAUGGAAUGGCAGCAGGGGAAUGUCACAGGUCAGCAGCCUGGGCCCCUGGCUAUAAAUAGUGCCCGAGGGCUCCUGUCAUGUCCAACAGAGGGUCUCAGCUUCCUGUGUGGCAGCACCUGGCACACUGUGGCUCUGGCUGGCAUUACGUUAACCCUCCCUUACUCCCCAACAAACCAGGGAGGUAGGCUCCUCUCAGCCACUAGCUCUUGAAAAGUCUUACCAGUGAAGGCCAGAGCUGUCUAGAUCAGGCAGCGGGAGUGAGGGGCACAGUCACCCCAGAUCUGGCUGGGCCCCGGUUCUGACACUCCCCAGGAGGUCAAAUUUGGGGCAGAAAGACAGCUCCUUUCCCAAGGCUGCAGCUGCGACCCUCUUAGAUAGUUAAAAAUCUUUGCCUGCUUUUGUUUACCCCACAGUUAACUGAAUGGGAGGCCUUCUAAAGGGCCUACUUGUAUACCCAAUAAAGCGUGGUUUCUCCAGAAACAA